CAAUUCAAAUGGUGUAUUUAUCAAAACUUCCAAAUAUUGUUGAACCAAAAACUGGACUUUUACAAUUCCUGUUUGGCAGCGACAUUCCAAAUGAUCGAGCCCUUUUAAUCGAUGCUCUGGACACAAGUCGUUCACUCACAUUUGCUCAAAUAAAAAAAAAGGUACUUCAGUUUGGAGCUGGAUUACAAGAUAUCUGUGACUUCCGAAAAGGCGAUGUAAUGGCUCUUUACUCUCCUAACGAGUAUAACUACUCUAUUCCCUUAUUUGGUGCCAUUGCCGCAAGCGGUAUUACCACUACUGCUAACCCCAAUUAUAGCGUGGAAGAACUGUACUAUCAGUUAGACCAAACCAAAGCUAAAGUUUUAAUCUGUCAUGCCUCCAAUCUCAAAACCGCAUUGAUAGCUGGACUUCGUGCGGGUAUUCAAAAAUCUAAUUUUUUUGUGUUCGGAAAUGAGGUCGUUCAAGGUGUUCGACCUUUUGAAGCGGCUUUGCUCGGACACCGAGAAGCAGUUUUAGAAGAGCUUUCGUUCGAACAAGCAAAAGAGCGAGUUGCUUUGCUUUGUUUCUCAUCGGGUACUAGCGGUAGAAGUAAAGGGGUCAUGACCACACAUACAAAUUUGACUAGCAAUGUUGCACAAUACUUGGAGCUCGACAAGCACGCAAUCGAUCCAACUGUCGAUCGUAUGAUUGGUAUAUUACCUCUCUUUCACGCUUUUGGUCUAACUGUCAAUCUGAACUGUGCACUCUAUCUCGGACUUCCACUCUACAUCUUACCGGGUUUUGAACUUGUCAGUUUUUGUGACACCAUUCAAAAGCACAGGAUUACCUUUGCAACUGUAGUGCCUCCUAUCUGUCUUUUGUUGGCAAAGCAUGAGCUCGUUUCUAAUUACGAUCUGUCUUCUUUAAGGUUGGCGAUCUGUGGUGCUGCUCCAUUAAGUGCAGAGUUGGGAAGAGAAACAAUGACACGACUUCCUAAUCUAUUGAUCCGACAAGGCUAUGGACUUACUGAAACAUCACCCUUGGCUGUUAUUGAACCUAUCGAUAAAACAAUUGAUGGAUCGACUGGUUUGCUUCUAUCAAAUAUGGUGGCUAAAAUUAUAGAUGAAGAUGGGAAAGAGGUCACAAAGCAGGGCGAGAGAGGAGAGCUAUGGUUAAAGGGACCCAACGUUAUGAAAGGAUAUCUUAACAACCCCGAAGCUACAGCUGAUUGUAUCGACAAUGAAGGAUACUUUCAUACGGGUGAUAUUGUCUUACUUGACAAGGACGAACACUUUUACGUUGUUGAUCGAAAGAAGGAGCUGAUAAAGUAUAAAGGGUUCCAGGUCCCGCCUGCAGAGAUUGAGGGUAUUUUGCUUACAAAUCCAAUCAUAGCAGAUUGUGCAGUGAUUGGUGUUUAUGACGCAGCACAAGCAACGGAAAUCCCCAGAGCCUACGUAACACUAAAAGAUCCUACUACGGCUUCGGAAGACAUUGGCAAGUUGAUCAUGAAAUACGUAGCUGACCAAGUUGUUAAUUAUAAGCAAGUGCGUAGUAUACGCUUUAUUCCUGUCAUUCCCAAAAACCCUUCAGGAAAAAUCCUUCGUCGUAUUUUAAGAGAGGCGGCCCAAGAGGAAGAUAAAUUAAUUCUAUCCAAAUUAUAAUUUAGUUUUUUACGAAUAAAAUUUACAAUAUCCUCGUGAUA